GAACUCAACUCAACCGCUUCAUCUCUCUCUUCCAUUUUUAAAGUAGAAAAAUCUGAACAGGGUUUUUGAAAGUUGUUUAAGAGCUAAUCAAUAGUACAAUUUUUUCGAGAAAAUUCAUAAACUGAUGCUCAAAUUAUUGAGUUUCAUAUGUUGACAGGAUAUACGAGAGCUAAUAGCAGCAAACCCAUGUCAAGAAAUUUAUUUCCUUUUGCAUCUAGGUUUUCUGCAGGGAGCAGCAGUUGCUCAAUUUCUAUUGUGAUGUGGAGUGUUGUGGGAUGCCUUCUUAUGCUUCAUUUGUACUCCUUAGUUUCUCAAUCAGAUAAACAAAAUAAAGAGAUAAACGCCAGUAUGCGUAGCUACCCACUAUUACUCCAACUUGAAGCAGUGGAGGAGGAGAAUAUAAAAAUGCCUCGACCAAGGGGGCGCUCCCAACGUGCUGCUAAACGAAAACCAAGGCAUACUACUACCUUAAUUGAUGAAUUUCUUGAUGAUUCUUCCCCUAUUAGGCACAUAUUUUUUCCCGAUAUGAAAACGGCUAUAGAUCCUAAUAAAGAUGCUGGCAACAACAGUCUAUAUUAUUAUCCAGGGAAAAUAUGGUUGGACACUGAAGGAAAUUCUAUUCAAGCCCAUGGAGGUGGGGUUCUAUUUGAUGAGAGAUCAAGGACUUACUACUGGUAUGGCGAGUAUAAAGAUGGUCCCACUUACCAUGCUCACAAAAGAGCAGCAGCACGGGUUGACAUCAUGGGUGUUGGUUGUUAUUCUUCAAAGGAUCUGUGGACAUGGAAAAAUGAGGGUAUUGUGCUUGCUGCAGAAGGAAAAAACAAGACUCAUGACCUACACAAGUUGAACGUGCUCGAGAGGCCAAAAGUAAUUUAUAAUGAUAAAACAGGAGAAUACGUAAUGUGGAUGCAUAUCGACAAUGCUAACUACACAAAAGCUUCUGUAGGCAUUGCUGUUAGUGAUUCCCCAACUGGCCCUUUUGAUUAUCUCUAUAGUAAACGGCCCCAUGGAUUCGACAGCCGAGACAUGACAAUCUUCAAGGAUAAUGAUGGGGUUGCAUAUAUUAUCUACUCGUCUGAGGAUAAUAGAGAUCUUCAUAUCAGUCCACUUACCGAAGAUUAUCUUGACGUGACACGAGUCAUGAAAAGAGUUCUUGUGGGAAAACAUCGGGAAGCACCGGCUUUAUUCAAACAUGAGGGGAUAUAUUACAUGAUCACAUCAGGAUGUACUGGUUGGGCUCCAAACAAGGCUCUUGCACAUGCGGCCAAAUCAAUUUUGGGGCCAUGGGAGACGCUGGGGAAUCCGUGCAUUGGUGGAAACGAAGUUGUCCGGUUUACCACAUUCUUUUCUCAGAGCACGUAUGUCCUUCCUUUUCCUGGGCUUCCAGGUCUCUUCAUUUUUAUGGCUGAUCGAUGGAAUCCGGCUAACUUGAGGGACUCGAGGUACGUCUGGUUGCCUUUGACAGUGGGAGGGGCUGCAAAUCAGCAGCCUCUUGAGUACAAUUUUGGGUCCCCAUUAUGGUCCAGAGUGUCAAUAUAUUGGCACAAAAGAUGGAGGCUUCCUGAUAUCUAGAGGAAGAAGAAAUGAAGAUUUUCAUAGAGGUGUGACUUCUUGUAUAAUAAAUUUUUGCUUUCUAUUAAAUUUCUACCAUUCUUUUUGCACUCUCUGUAACAUAGAAAGAAAUUAAUAUUUACUAGAAAGUAAUCUUGUGUAAAUUCUAUGUCGGACCACAUUGGUUUGGACAUGUCGAUAUAAUCCUUGUUUAUUAGAAAUAUGGAGACGAUUUGAUAAGAUUGUUCAACACCUUUCUUGAAUUCA